AUGGGUGAUUUCAACGCCACUCUCCACUCACAUGAAAAACAAGGUCCAGGGAAGUUUAGUCUGGGCUCUGCAGCGGAAUUUGGAGCCAUGGUAGAUGCUUGCUCCAUGUCUCAGGUUCCCUCGAUUGGCAGAAAAUUCACUUGGACAAACAAUCGAUGCCGUGGAAAUGUUUGUUCGGUUUUGGACAGAAGUUUCUUCAGAGGCCUCAAAAUUGCCCAGUUAGAUUUCACCGAUUCUGGAUGGAUCACGACGACUUUGAUAGAGUGGUGGCAGAUUCUUGGUCGGAAUGGAUUUUGGGAGCUUCCUAUCUAUGUUCUUGUCAAUAAGCUUAAAAAGCUUAAGGGUGUGAUCAGAGACUGGGCGAGGUCCGCUUUUCCUCAUCUGGAUUGGGCGCUGGAAGAGGCAAAGAGGGGUCUAGCGCAGAUUCAGGAGCAGAUUGAUACAGAAGGUAUGGAUGAUCAGUUGUAUGCCUUGGAGGCCGUGGCUAAGACUACCCUGAUUAAGGUCAUGGAAAAUCAUGAAAAAAUGUGGGCUGCAAAAGCAAGGAUUAGAUGGCUGAAAUUUGGUGAUAGAUACUCCAAAUGCUUCCAACUUUCUACCAAAAUGAGGAGGAAUAAGAUCACGAUCAGAUCACUUAAGAAGCAGGAUGGCUCCAUGGUUGAUGAUCCCAUCCAAAUAGGGAACUACAUAGUUGACUUCUAUGAGAAUUUUCACAAAGCUACCCCGACUGUACAACAUGAGGAAUUACUGGACAAUAUUCCCUUAAUCCUAAACCAAAUUGAUCACUACCACAUGGAUGCCCUUCCUGGUGAUGCAGAGAUUAAAAGGGUUGUGUGGGAGCUUGAUCCGGACAGCUCGCCAGGUCCUGAUGGCUUCCCUGGGGCCUUCUUCAGAAGAUGCUGGCAUAUUGUGGAAAAAAAAGUGAGCAACGCAGUCAGAUAUUUUUUCAGCUCAAGCUCCAUGCCGCAGGGUGUGAACAACAAUUUCCUUGUGCUGAUCCCAAAAGUAGAUGGGGCAGAUAACCUAGGAAACUUCCGCCCCCUAUGCAUGGGAAACUUCUUCUGCAAAAUUAUUACAAAGGUGAUGGCAUUGUGGUUGGAGCCUCUUCUUCCCAGAUUAAUAUCUGAUGAGCAAGGCGCUUUCCGAAAAGGAAAGAUUAUCCAUGACAAUAUUAUUGUCGCUUCAAAGCUUGUGAACUUGAUGUUCUCGUCCACCAGAGGAGGGGCUACCAGCAUAAAAAUCGACAUCAAAAAAGCCUAUGACACAAUUGACUGGAAGUUUACUUUUCAGGUUAUGCAUAGAUUCGGUUUCUCUGAGAGAUGGAUCGGAUGGCUCAACCAAAUUCUGAUAUCUACUAAGAUAUCAAUUCUAGUUAAUGGAGGACCGCAAGGAUUUUUUAAUGUGGAACGAGGCCUGAGACAAGGUCAAUGCAUCAAUCUUGACAAAAGUAAGCUUUUCCUCGGCAAGAUUGCUUCAGCAAGGAAGCAGAGUAUCUCUAAUAUUUUGGGAAUUUGGAGUUGUAGCUUCCCUACAAAAUAUUUAGGGGUUGAAAUCUUUAACGGUCGGUUAAAAAAGAAGUUGUGGACUGAUUUAGCUGCUGUGUAUUUUCCAACUAAUCCCUGGAUGAUGGUGGGUGAUUUUAAUGCUUUGUUGGCCUCGCAUGAGAAGCAAGGAACUGGUGCAUUUAAUUUGGGGUCUACCGCAGAGUUUUCUGCCAUGGUUGAUGUUUGUCAUCUGAUUCAGUUGCCUUCCCUGGGUGUGAAAUUUACUUGGACAAACAAUAGAAAGAGAGGGAAUGUGUCGGAUGUUCUAGACAGGGGUUUUUGUAAUGAGGCAUGGCUAUCUUAA